GCAGACACAAGUCUAGCAAGGAAAAGCCAAACUCCCCCCAGAGCCCGAAAAGUCUCCAGGAUCACUCCCCAGAAACACCCAGAAGUUCACCUGAGCCAAUGAAAAGCCAACUGCAGAGUGACUCAACCCUCGAGAGACCUGCCAGGCUGAGAAGGUUCCGGUGGAUCGUUCCUGCCCACGGCGAGGUGGAACUGAAGAUCCGCUUCAGCCCCACAGUGCCAGGGCAGUUUGACCAGCUGAUGAACUUUGAGAUCCUGGGCUCAAAGCGCCUGUACCAGUUGCCCUGCAGUGCCACUGCCCUGUACCCCAGCAUCAGCCAGAACCCACGGCUGGUGUUUCCUCGCUGGAGGAAGAGCAAGGAGAAGGAGGACAUCAUCUCCAAGGAGUAUGUCAUGAGCACGAAGCAGUUCCACUUUGGACCGCUGCUUUGUGGCAAGUCAGGAGAGUGGUACAAGGCACAGAACUGCCCCGGCAGAGGUGCAUUUCUCCUUUGA